CUGAAGGAAGAGACGAGUUUUAGCCGCCAAAAUCCCUAAUUCCGCCGCCAUGGGACCAUCCUUCUGUCUCAUUCAUCGUGGUUAUGUCCCACAUGCUUCACACCACCAUUAUCAAUGCUCACGAUAAAAAUCUUCCUGUUAGAUUCUUUUCCAAUUUUCUUGGUGUUUUCUAAGGUCACGAGGUUCAAGUGUGGAGGAGUGAGCCUUGGAACCGGUAUUCAUCACUGCCUGGCUGACGGGUGAAUUGUUGUUCUUUGAACAGUUUUUUUUAUAAAAGGAUUGCUCUGCUUAGUCUUGCGUGUGAUGAUAUUUUUGGAUAAGCAUCCAAAGAAAUACUACCAUCUCGCCAAGGAGCACGACUAUAGGUCUCGUGCCUCCUGGAAGCUGGUCCAGCUCGAUUCCAAGUUCAAGUUCCUCCAUUCCUCUCGCGCCGCUCCCGGAGGAUGGAUGCAGGUCGCCGUAGAGAAGGUUCCCGUCGGGAGCCUCGUUCUCGAUCUCGAUUUGGUGAGAAUCGCUCCUCUGCGUGGCGCCAUAUCCAUCGAGCAGGACAUCACGAAGCCAGAGCGCAGGGUCAAGGUGAAGAAGAUUAUGGGCGGCAGUUAGUGGCCUCUCAAUUGACCGAUGGUGAAAGUAUGCGGCGACAAUUGAUUUUAGUGAAGGGAAAUCAAUCGUGGACAGUAGCUAAGAAAAUUCAAUCUGUUUCAACUCAAGGUGAGUGUAAAGGGGGUAAAUUCUACGCCUUGCGUAUUCUUUUAAGUAUUAUGAUUUUAAGUAUUUUAGCGAAUUGGUUAUCGUUGCUUGGUUAUGUGUAUGAUUGAUUAUUUGUGCUUUGCUUGAGUUAUGGUUUGAGAUGAUUUUGUGCUAUUUGAGGUGAUUUUGUUUGAGCUAUGCUUGAAGUGAAUGUUUAUUAAUUACUUUGAAAUUUUUACGAGUAUAAGUUAUUAUUAAAGAGUAAGAAACAAGUUCUUUUAAA